AUGAUCAAACUCGUCGCUUUCGAUCUCGAUGGGACGCUUGCAGCGAGCAAGCAGCCGUUGGAAGACAUCAUGGGCGAGGCACUGGCCGACCUGCUGACCGUUGCCCAUGUCGCCAUCAUCUCGGGCGGUGACUGGCCGCAGUUCGAGAAGCAAGUCGCGAGCCGAUUGCCGCCGCGGGCGGACCCGUCGAAGCUGUGGUUGAUGCCGACCACUGGAACGAAGCUAUACACAUACAAGGAGGACGAGUGGCAUGUGGUUUAUGCCGAGCUGUUCAGCGACGACAUGAAGAGGAAGAUCCUCGAGGCGUUCGAUGCGUCGCUGGACGCGACCGGUUUUACCCCACAGAAGACAUGGGGCGAGCGAAUCGAGGAUCGCGGAAGUCAGAUCACCUUCUCCGCCCUCGGGCAGCAAGCACCCAUUUCGGAGAAACAGCACUGGGAUCCUUAUUUCGAGAAGCGCAAGGUGAUCCAGGCCGACUUGUGCUCGCGGCUACCCGAGCUAUCAAUCAACAUGGGCGGAACCACCUCUAUUGACAUUACGAAGAAAGACGUCGAUAAGGGAUACGGCCUGAAGAGGCUGAGCAGCGAGAGCAAGAUCCCGCUUGAACAGAUGGUAUUUAUCGGCGACGCCAUCUUUCCCGGCGGCAACGACUAUCCCGCCAAGGAGCUCGGCCUACACACGGUCGAUGUCAAGAACCCAGACGGCACACUGGCCGCAAUUGCUGCCCUCGUUGCGUGCCUCUCUUCGACGCCGAAUCACGCAUCUAUCGAACCUUGA